ACGCGGUGUCUCAGCCAUUCAGCGGCUGGCCAGAGGGAGUGACUAAAAUACAAAAUGUUUCAUCCUGACACACUUGUCUUACCUGUCCAUCUAGGUGUUGGGCACACCUUUUUCUGGCUUUUGCACUAUUAUUUAUGACACUCCUUCCUUCUGCAACACUCAGAAAUCGUGAAAUAUCAAACAUCAGACACAAUAGAAGAGAUCUCAGGUGGAAAGCUAGAGCAUCUGAAUGACUGAUGGACAGAAAUACUUAUGUGGACUAAGAGAGUGAUAUAAAUGGAGGAUCUGUAGAACCGUACAGCUUUACUAGAAACUAUCAUGGGUGAAAUUUGAGCGUCUAGAGCGAGUGUGCUUGUAUGUGUAGACAUACCCAGCAUCUGUGAGUUGUCUCUACUCAUGUGGUACCAUAGAGUCCAAUGGCAGAGCCGAACCCUGUCUCAGACUCUCAUGCACUACUGGAAUCUAUGCUUCAGAAACUACGACUGAACGCUCAGACCAACAGUAGCCCGGUCAUUGGUAUGCAAACAUGCAGUCCGUCUGGAGAAAGCAAUGCUGUGGAAGAUUCAUCUAAAACAACAGUUUAUCAGUUUGGGUUUUCUUCCAACAAAAAAGAGCCGGAUGGACGCACCUCAACCUGGAAUAAGUGGGAGAACCCUUGGACUCAACAACCGCCUCACUUUGAGGAUGCAUUGACUCCUGUUGCUAAACAGCCGGUAAGAAGGAUCAGUAAAAACAACUCCGGGUACAACUCUGGUAAACCUAAACGCCCACCGCUAAUUUGGGGGGAACACAAGGACUUUACAUCCAGUGAUGUCACUUCCUGGGUCGGAGAAGAUCAGACGCCUGAGCCGGAGAAGAAGAAACGGUUUUCCCUGGAUGGGGAGGCCAGCUCAAACGCGUCGACUUUAUACAAAACAGAAGCCUUCCAAAACCCUCCUGAUCUGUUAGCUCCAACGCUAACAACAACGUCUACUGUCUUGGGAAACCCAGAGGUCAGAGGUCAAAGUGCCGCAUGGAGUUGGGGUGCUGGAAUUGAGAGAAACGACAGCUCCAGAUUUCACGAGCAACCAGGAAAAACGACAAAGACAAGCAGGAGGAAGUGGGGGGAGGCUAAAAGGUGGGCCCAGAGUGUGAAAGAGAGAUGGAGAGAGAGACACAGAAGCGCACUGACCAGACAAAGAGAGGAUGAAGAAAGACAAGCGCAGAGUGAAGUGCAAAGUAAUAACUUAUCGUUAUCGAUGCCCGUCGAUGUGAAUGAAACAGCACUCGCUGAGACUACUAACAUCCAUCAUGAAGAGAUCAGCAAAGCGCUGGAUGAAGGUGGCCCUGGUUCACUCGGCUACAUGAGUGACAGUCUCUCAUUUGGCGCUACUUCUGAUUUAAUGGAGGAGAUCUUCAGCGGGACGGAGUGGGCUCAGUUUCUCUCAGUUAACAGCACCAAAAUGCACCAGCCUAAGGAGGCGGCGAAUACUAAUAACCAAUCACGGGAAGAAGGACUGAACACUAAGUGGACUCAUGAAGACGCAACUGAUUCCCAUUUAGAUUUGACUCAGCCGAGGUUUGCACAGGACAUGGAAUAUAAUAAAAAUCCCCCCGCAAGUCCAUUACCAACUAACCCGUUUACUAACCAGUCACAAAUCACCAAUCUGACCCCUGACGAAUCUCGCAGCAGUGAGCGAUCACAUUAUUCCCGGCUUCAUCUAAACGAAUCUAAGGCAACUGAACAUGGAGAUCCACAGCCGGUGUUUAAUCAAGUGUCCGACCCCAGCCAUAUCCAGCCACAAGACGGGACAGAGGACUUUAUACCCCUCCUCGACCUUUCGUAUGCUAAGCCAAUAAAAAGAGCAUCUGUAACAUCCCAUGGAUCUCUGAGCCGAAAAAGAGAGCACUGGACAAAGAGGAGGGAGUCGUUCGAGAUACACGCGACACAAGAGAUGGAGCACGAGGAGGACGGCGGCGCUUUCACAGAUGCUCAGCUGUCUUCAAAGCCUUCACCCGCAUCUUCCCUCGACUCGCUGAACUCCGUCUCUCAGGGCUCGGAGUCCUUUGAAACUUCAGGGACGGCGAGCAAAAAGAGGAGGAUGGAAGACACUCGACGCGUUCGGUUCGCUGAAGAGGUCAUCAUCUUACCAACCACCUACUUGCCGGACUCUGAUGAGAAGAAGAAGAAGAAGAAGAAGAAAACGCUGAUAAUGAUUGGCAAGAAGCACCUUCUCCCCGUCAUUCUUUUCCUAAGUGGAUUGUGUCUUUGAAACACAAAAGCGGAAAGUACAAAUUUUAACUCGCUGCAGCUCAAAUAAACCCGAGACUGAAUUUUCUGAAGCAAGAGUGACACGAAUAAUCCACCAUUAUCAUUAUUACGUUGUGAAAAAAAUUCACGAGACUGUGAUAUUGCAGCAUUAAUUUUAUAUGCCAUUACAUUAGGUGAUUUUUUGUAUAUAAAAUGAAGUCAAAUGUAAUAAGAAUAACAAUAGAAAUAUUUAACUUAAUGUGCAAAGAUGUUGUGCAAUUUAUUUUCUGAGGUAACAAUACUUACAAUCUCAAGGGCAUAGUUCAAGUAAAUAAAAACAACAGUAUGAUUUAUUUUAGACCGAUAAUUCACUUUAAACACAAAAUAUACAUGUAUACUUUUACCUUUUGAAAGGAACAGUGUGUAUACUAAUAAUAUAUACAUUUUAUAUGCUGAACAGUUAUCUAUUACUUAAUGAAUUAAUUACAGCUUUUUUGUAAA